GGAAAACCAGGAUGUUUAUUGGAACGUUUGGGCGGUUCGAUCCAUGCCAAAAGUUCACUCUAUAAAAAGCCCUCCUUCUCUGUUUCUGUGUUUAUCCAGUGAUCUAAACAGCUUAACAGCAAGUGAAAGCAGAAGACUCCACAGCUAGAUAGAAUCAUGUGCAGCCCAAUGCAAGAGCCUAUGUGUUUGGUGGAAAAUGUGAAUGGUUCACUGAAUGUAAAUGAGGAAGCCAGUAAAUACCUGUCCAGGAACAACCAGCCAGUGGUGGUGGUGUCUGUGGUGGGCCUCUAUCGCACAGGAAAGUCAUACCUCAUGAACCGCCUGGCAGGAAAAUCAAGAGGCUUUGCUCUGGGUAACACCAUUGAGUCAAAGACUAAAGGUAUUUGGAUGUGGUGUGUUCCACAUCCUUAUCAACAAGGACAUACUCUGGUGCUGCUGGACACUGAGGGACUAGAUGACAUUGACAAGGGAGACUCUAAAAACGAUGCCUGGAUCUUCUGUCUGGCUGUUCUUCUGAGCAGCACUUUAGUCUACAACAGCCGAGGAACCAUUGACAACAAUGCAGUGGAAAAAUUACACUAUGUCACCGAGCUUUCAGAGCAGAUUAAGAUCAAAUCUUCUUCAGCCAAAGAAGUCGAGGAGGAAGACGAAGAAUUUCAGUUUGUGCAGUUUUUUCCUAACUUUAUCUGGGCAGUGCGUGACUUUUUACUGGUGCUGGAAACUAAAAAAAAAGGUCCAAUGACUGAGGAUGAGUACCUGGAUUUUGCACUGCAGUUGAAGACAGGUCUUGGUACAAAGAUCACCAACUACAAUCUUCCAAGGCAGUGUAUUAGAUACAAUUUUCCAACCCGGAAGUGUUUUGUUUUCCCGUUUCCUGCAUCCCAAGACAAAAUUGUUCAUCUCAAGAGCCUGGAUGAGAACGACAUUUGUCCUGACUUUCUGACUGCCACACAGCGUUUUUGUGACUAUGUUUUUAAUGUAAGCAAAGUUAAAAUGGUUAAAGGAGGAUACAAAGUCACAGGGAAAAUGUUUGGUCACCUUGUGCACUCAUAUGUGGAGACAAUCUCUAGUGGGAAUGUCCCUUGUCUGGAAAAUGUUGUGCUAGCCAUGGCAAGGAUAGAAAAUGAGGAAGCUGUCCAGGAAGGCAUUAAGCUGUACCAGAGUAGUAUGGAACAGGUGAAAAGUUUGUUUCCUGUGAGUUUUAGUGAACUUUCUGCAGAGAACAAAAAGAUCAGUAACAUGGUCAACACUGAGUUCAUGAAGCGCUCCUUCAAAGACAAAAAUGGCGAAUACUUCAAGAAACUGAUGAUGGCAGUAGACAAACAUUAUGCUGAACUAAGUGUUCUGAACAUGGAGGCAUCAGAAAAGAAAUGCCAGCAGAUUCUGUCUGAUCUAUACAAGGAGAUAAGUGAACGUAUACAAAAUAGAGACUUUUUAAAACCUGGGGGAUAUAAGCUCUACUGUACACACAGAGACAAUAUCAUCCUACAGUAUCACAGUCAGCCAAACAAAGGAAUCCAGGCUGAUGAAGUGCUAGCGAAGUUUCUGAGUGGGAAAAGUGAGGAGGCGAAAUUAAUUCUCCAGACUGAUGAACAACUGACUGAAUUUGAGAAAAAGAUUCAAGAGGAGAAAGAACAAGCAGCUUUUUUACAGCAACAGUGCAGAGUAGAACAGGAGAGAAAGAUGGAGGUGGAACGACUGUUGCAGGAGGAAAAAGAGCACCAUGAGCAAAUGGUACUGCAGCUGAAUAUAAAACUUGAGGAGGAAAAGUUUCAGCAGCAGCAGGAAGUGGAGAGAGCCAUUGAAAGCAAACUAAUUGAACAGAAAAAACUUUUGAUAGAUUUUGAAGAGAAAGCCCAUCUAAUGGGUCUGGAGAUUGAACAACUUAAAAAAGAAAAGGAGGAACUUUCUCACAGUUUUUAUAAAGAUUAUUUCAUUCAGGUUCUGUCGAUAGCUAAAGAAUUGUUUUUGAUGUACAUGCAGUAUAAAGCAAUGCCAAAACAGAUAUCAAUGUAAGAAAAUCAUACUUUAAAAAAGACCACUAACUAAAUAUAAGCAACACCAACAUUCUGUAAUAAACUGAAAAAUAUUAGAAACAGUAGGUUUUUAAAAGUACAUCUAUAUAAGCACAUAUAUAUUUUUUAAGUAUAUAUUCUGUAUAUUUUAGUACAUUGCUUUUAAUAAUUCUUACCUGUAAUUCCUGCUUCCUAUUCAAAAUGACGUUUAAACAAAAAUAAUAUAAAAUGCACUGCAAAAUUGUGUUUACUUAUAGAUGGAUAGAAAACAAAAUGUUUGUUAUCUUGUCUAUUUUUUAAAGGCAAUAUUAUAGUUUGCACUGGUCGUGUAAUUCAUAUAAUAAACUUUCUUUCGGCUUUUCCCGUUAGGGGUCACCACAGCGGAUCAUCCGUAUUCAUGAUCCGCAUGUUCGUUUUGGCACAUGUUCAUAUAAUGAAUCAUAUAAUGUAUUUGUUUAAGAGGACAAAAUCCAAAAUAUUUUAUGUCUGUUGUCUGGCAUUAAAUAAAACCAUGUUUAUAUCAAACACCAAAAUGGAAAAAGAUUUUGAUCUCUGUAACUUUGACUAUGGCAUGAUUGCUGCUGCCAGAUGGCCUAGUUUGAGUAUUUCAUUGCUGAUCACCUGGGAUUUUUACACGCACAUUUCUCUAGACUUACUAAAUACAGACAGUUUAGAAAAUCAUACACACAGUGAGUAGAAACAGAUUUUGGUGACAGCAUCAUGAACCUUAGGACCCAGCUUGCUUUGUAUCAGCAGUUCAGUCUGAGCUCAUCUAAUGGUUUGAACUGGAAAUAGAUGAAAAUAAAUUGAGAACCUCAUUGUGUCCACAGGCUUCCAUGACUGAAACAAGUGCCUGACUUCAUCAAUGCUUGUGGUUGAAUGCCACAUUUAAACCACAACCACAUUCAAAACUCUAGUGGAACCCUUUUUCAGCUUAGUAUAUUUGUAAAGCGGAACUAAAUCUGGAAUGGGAUGUUAAAAAAACCACAUGGGUGUAAUGGUCAG